AUGGUUAAAGCGGCUGUUCUUGGAGCAUCUGGUGGCAUUGGCCAGCCUCUGUCUCUCCUGCUUAAGACAAGCCCCCUGGUUGACGACCUCGCGCUCUACGAUGUUGUGAACACCCCCGGUGUCGCUGCCGACCUUUCUCACAUCUCCUCUGUUGCCAAAAUUUCCGGAUUCCUGCCUAAGGAUGAUGGAUUGAAGCACGCCUUGACCGGUGCUGACAUUGUUGUCAUCCCUGCUGGGAUUCCCCGCAAGCCUGGAAUGACUCGUGAUGAUCUGUUCAAGAUCAACGCCGGUAUUGUGCGCGACCUGGUCAAGGGCAUCGCCGAGUACUGCCCCAAGGCAUUUGUUUUGAUCAUCUCCAACCCUGUCAAUUCGACUGUUCCCAUCGCCGCAGAGGUCCUCAAGGCCGCUGGCGUCUUUGACCCUAAGCGUCUCUUUGGUGUUACCACUCUGGAUGUUGUCCGCGCGGAGACCUUCGUCCAGGAAUACUCAGGCCACAAGGACCCAUCUGCUGUGCGCAUCCCAGUUGUCGGUGGCCACUCGGGAGAGACUAUUGUUCCCCUCUUCAGCAAGGCAGCCCCCGCUUUCCAGAUCCCCGCAGACAAGUACGAUGCGCUUGUCAACCGCGUUCAGUUCGGUGGAGAUGAGGUUGUCAAGGCCAAGGAUGGUGCCGGCUCCGCGACCCUGUCUAUGGCCUACGCUGGCUUCAGAUUUGCUCAGAGCGUUAUCAAGGCUUCUCAAGGCCAGUCUGGUAUCGUCGAGCCUACCUUUGUCUAUCUGCCUGGUGUCACUGGCGGUGACGAGAUUACCAAGGCCACCGGCCUGGAAUUCUUCUCUACCCUUGUAGAACUUGGCACCAACGGAGCUGAGAAGGCCAUCAAUGUUCUUGAGGGCGUGACCGAGCAGGAACAGAAGCUCAUCAAGACCUGCACUGAGGGCUUGAAGGGCAACAUCGAAAAGGGAAUCGAAUUCAUCAAGAACCCUCCACCAAAGUAA